GUCUUUAAUGGGACCCCUUAAGUCAUUUGUUUCCAGACUUCAUCUACUUAAGGGACUUUGUGUUUCGGCCAUGCCACAAUGGUUAUAAUUUGGAUUCUGUUGCUGAGUUUUAUCAGUUGUGGUCCGCAGGUAUCCGGGGCGAAGAGGCUGGAGAAAGAAGCCAAGUCUCCUUGCUCCCGAGGCAAAGUGUGCGACCCCAGGCAGAGACGAGAUGCCGGGGGACGCGGAGGGGUUUACGAACAUCUCGGAGGCGCCCCUCGGAACAGAAAACUUUACUGCGCUACUAAGUACCACCUACAGAUACACCUCAACGGCAAGAUUAAUGGGACUCUGGAGAAAAACAGCGUAUUUAGUAUUUUAGAAAUUACCGCCGUGGAUGUGGGAAUUGUUGCCAUCAAAGGGCUGUUUUCUGGGAGAUAUCUGGCCAUGAACCAAAGAGGGAGACUUUACGCCUCGGAAACCUACAACCCCGAAUGUGAGUUUGUGGAAAGAAUUCACGAGCUCGGAUACAAUACGUACGCGUCGCGCCUUUAUCGGACGGUUCCGAGCGGGGCGGGCACCAAGCGCAAGGCCAGCGCAGAGAGACUGUGGUACGUGUCUAUCAAUGGCAAAGGGCGACCCAGAAGAGGCUUCAAGACAAGAAGGACGCAGAAGUCUUCCCUUUUUUUACCCAGGGUGCUAGACAACAAGGACCAUGACGCCGUGAGGUUAUUUCACACGAACGCUGUGUAUAGAGAAAGUAUCCUGAAACCCUCCAAACCCAGCGGAAGGCAAAGGCGGGGACAAUGAGGGCUCCAAACUGUGACGAGAUAUUCCCCUUCCGACGCCGCGUCUAAGAACGGGAAAUGACGUUGUUCCCUUAGGACAAAAGACGAUGAUUCCAUUUUGUAGAACUUUAUUUUUAUGAGGCUGACAAUACUGCCACUAGAACCCAUAUUCUGCCUCUCUGGGUCUCCGAAUCCUCGGUGUUCUACUGUAAGACCCUCUGGUAGGGAUUUCUCAUGUUUCCACCGCUGGUCCCAAAUGUGCAUCUUCGGCACUUUCCUUGGAACCGAAAUCCGAGGGGCACGGAGACGUAUCGGGUCGUUCAAUUAUUGGGUCGUUCAAUCCGUCCCCCCCACGUUUCUUUGUUAUUUGAUCUACAGCUCAUCACACGUCGGCUUGACUCCGCCUGUGGGUCCUACCUCAGAUUCUGAUAUAAGAUUCUGCCCUAAGUUAUGCAAAAGAACAAAUAAUGGCAGAAUGUAAAUGUGCCUGCUGUAGGGGCAAGUUCUUCAAAACCUAUUUAUUACCAUUCAUGAAGUACUGUAUGGCCAUUGGGAAUGUGUGUGUGCAUACAUUGUCUUUUAUCUUUCAAUUAUAUAACAUUUGGAUGCAAUGAGAAGCCUCUGCAGAAGAUGGUUGCUUAGCUCUCAGACUGUGUUUGGUGCCCACAUAACCGUGUAUCAUUCAACGUUCUACUCUAGUCGAAUAUACUGUAUGCGGUGCCGCUGGGAGCACUUUACUCAUAAUAUUGUUUGAAUGCAUUCCAGAGAUGUAUCCUGGACAUAUCUUCUUAGCAACUUGGCAUUCGGCUCAUUGGCUGCGGUAGAUUCGGCGAUAUGACUAUGAUUUGAAAGGGUUUUGCUGGUAGAAACAUCCCAAAACCUAAGUCUGACCUUGAAAGUAUUACUAUAGCUGUUAUCCUUGUUUUCCUGCCCUGGGAACAACAGUACUAAAAUAAAUAAUACAUUUUAUUA